CGCGACAAGACAAAGACUGAAUUGGAAAAACAUUAUUUUGGCUACCUCUUAACGCAACUUAAGAAGUGCUAGCUGCGUAUUCAAAGUGUUUGACCCAGCUCGACACAGAGGAGGUGCGUUUGUUGUGUAGCUAAGUCUUCCAUAGCACCAAAGAUGCGCAGCUUGUUUAGCCCGAGUGUAAAUUAGAACAAGUCGAGCGGAAAUUCAGAGCAGGUUCGAGUUUAUCCAUUUGACAGAAUGGAGUCUGACGACGACGUGCCUCUCAUCCUGACGUGGGACGAAGCGAACAGCGGUCUGCUCAGCGAGGAGACGGAGAGAGGAGACCAGAAUGGUGGUGGUAAUUAUGACGUUGUGAACAAUGCUGUGGUUUCAACUCCUGGACCACAAAACAACAGAAACCAGAAUAUCUCACUGAGGCAAAGCUGGGAGAUGAACUACCAAGAGGCAGCCAUAUAUCUUCAGGAAGGAGAGAACAAUGAUAAGUUCUUCACUCACCCUCGAAAUCCGAAAGCUCUCGCAGCGUACCUGUUUGCCCACAACCACCUGUUCUACAUGAUGGAGCUGUUUACAGGCCUGCUGCUGCUGCUGCUGUCGCUGUGUGAAGCUCCCGCAGUUCCCUCACUGCGCCUGGACAUCUACGUUCAUGCCACUCUAGAACUGCUGGCUUUGGUUAUGGUGGCUUUUGAGCUUUGCAUGAAACUACGAUGGUUAGGCUUCCACACUUUCAUCCGGCACAAGAGGACAAUGAUGAAGACGUGUGUGUUGCUGCUGCAGUUUGUGGAGGCCAUCGUGGUUCUGAUCAGACAAACGUCUCAUGUUCGAGUGACCAGAGCUCUUAGACCGAUAUUCCUGGUGGACUGUAGAUACUGUGGUGCUGUGCGCAGGAACUUGCGUCAAAUCUUUCAGUCCCUCCCGUCUUUUAUUGACAUCCUCCUACUGCUGCUUUUCUUUAUGGUUAUUUUUGCCAUCUUGGGUUUCUGCCUGUUCUCCACAAACACAGCUGACCCGUACUUCAACAGUCUGGAGAACAGCCUCGUCAGCCUGUUUGUGCUGCUGACCACAGCAAAUUUCCCUGAUGUGAUGAUGCCAGCAUACUCCAAGAACCGCUGGUCUUGUGUUUUCUUCAUCGUCUAUCUCUCCAUAGAGCUCUACUUUAUCAUGAACCUGCUCCUGGCAGUGGUGUUUGAUACGUUCAAUGACGUCGAGAAGAUGAAGUUUAAAUCUCUUUUGCUGCACAAACGCUCUGCUAUUGACCACGCCUUUCAGCUGUUAGUUAGUCGACAGAGGCCGACAGGUGUGUCGCUAAAACAGUUUGACGGUCUGAUGCGUUUUUACAGACCACGAAUGUCCGCAAGAGACCGCUUCCUCACAUAUAAAGCUCUGAACACAUCCGGAGCUCAGAUGCUCAGUCUUCAGGACUUUUAUAGGUUUUAUGAGGUCAUCGGUCUUAAAUGGAAGGCACGACGAAGUGGAGAACACUGGUUUGAUGAGCUUCCACACACAGCCUUCCUCAUUUUUAAGGGUAUCCACCUGCUUGUUAAGUCAAAAGCCUUCCAGUAUACCAUGUAUGUGGUCGUGGCCAUCAACGGUGUGUGGAUCCUGGUUGAGACUUACACACUGGACAGGGGAUAUUCGUGGUCUGAAUUUGUUCCCUGGAGUUACAUUGUUUUCCUGACGAUUUAUGGUGUAGAAGUCUUGUUGAAAAUUACCGGUUUAGGUCCAAUUGCUUAUUUCCGAUCUGGGUGGAAUCUGUUUGAUUUCUCUGUGACUGUAUUCGCCUUCCUUGGACUAAUUGCUCUCGCCUUCAAUAUGGAGCCUUUCUACUUCAUCGUAGUUCUCAGACCCUUCCAGCUGCUCCGGUUAUUUAAGAUAAAGCAGAGGUACCGUAACGUGUUGGACACCAUGUUUGAGCUCUUCCCCAGGAUGGCAAGUCUCGGGCUGACGUUAAUCAUCUUUUAUUAUUCCUUUGCCAUCGUGGGUAUGGAGUUCUUCGCUGAUGUAGUUUACCCCAACUGCUGCAAUACAAGCACAGUGGCAAACUCCUACAGGCAGAUUAACAUCACUGACGGCAACAAAACUGUCCUGGAAGAAGGCUACUAUUAUCUCAAUAACUUCAACAACAUUCUCAGCAGCUUUGUGACUCUGUUUGAGUUGACUGUGGUCAACAACUGGUACAUCACCAUGGAAGGAGUGACGUCUAUGACGAGCCACUGGAGUCGUCUGUACUUCAUGACUUUUUACAUUGUUACAAUGGUGGUGAUGACCAUCAUUGUAGCCUUUAUUCUAGAUGCGUUUGUGUUCCGCAUGAACUACAGUCGAAAGAACCGGGAAACGGUAGAAAAUCCAGGGGAUGAGAAUGGGGUCGUGUUUGACGUAGAAGUAAUGCGAGAUGAAGCUUUGGCCACUCUUGAGCUGUACAAACAGAUGUCCCCAGGGCUGUCCUCCAUCAGCUCACUUGUAGGAGUCCUGCAAUCUAUGGACAGGACUAGGCACACGUCUCUGAUGUACCUCGGCCGCAGGUCGAGAACAAAGAGCGAUCUCAGUAUGAAAAUGUAUGAAGAAGAGAUCCAGGAGUGGUAUGCAGAGUAUUCGAACAAAAACCUGUCCCCGCUCGAACAAAGCCUGAGGCCGAUUGGCGACAGUCCCGGCUCGGACUCGUAUCCUCCCUUCUCAGAGCCUCAGCUGAACUCGCGCGCUGAUCAUCACAGCAUUAACUAACAGUAUAUAAGAUAUACGGAUAUGAUGUCUGAAGAAAUGAAACCCUAGCACUUCCUGUUCCCCUGACACUUAUAAUCCCCAAUGGGGAAUAAAAUAAUAAUCUGGAGUGAAAUGACUUUGUGAAGACUCCAUCUAGGAGCCAGUGUUGUCGCCCGCUGUUGGGCCUUUUGAAGGAUUACAGCAUAAGCUAACAGAAAGCCUCUACUACCAGUCUUUUGUAUACUUGUGUAUUCUAUUGUAAAUUAUGUAUUUAAACAUGAUGCCUUAGUUUAACAUCUUACCUGACCAGUAUUAACAAAGAUAAUACUUUACUAGGUUAAGAACUGAAGAAUAAAUACUCGUUUUAGUGCAGUCCUACAAACAACUCCAUAAAGUUUCUCCUAACAGUUUCAGCUGACUCCAAUUAUUUUAUACAACUUUUCAUUAUGUAAUGAUCUUCAAGCGA